AUGCAAUUCUUAAGAGAUUUAAUAGAAGCCGUUGUUCCAACUGCUCACGCUGAAGAAGCAGAAGAUGUUGAAGACUCAGUUGCUGCUGAAGAAGAAGAAGAAGACGAAGAUGAAGAAGAAGAAGAACAAGCUGAUCCUAUGGAUGCUUUAAGAGAAGAAUGUAAGAACACUCCAGCUUGUCAUCCAUUCGACCAUCAUUUCCAACAUUGUGUUGAAAAAGUCCUUAAACAACAAGAAGAAGAUGAUUACCACUCCAAGGAUUAUAAGGAAGAUUGUGUUGAAGAAUUCUUCCACUUGGAACAUUGUAUUAAUGAUUGUGUUGCUCCAAGAUUAUUCCACAAGUUGAAAUAA